CAGCGGGUGCAGUGGUGGUGGUGCUGGUGGUGGUGGUGGUAGUGGGGUUGGGAAUUUGGAGGUGGAGGAAGGGGAGGAAGGGGACGGAGAAAACAGGGGAGGAUCUGAGCGCCCCCCCCCCUGCCCGCACAUCCCCCUGGCGGACAUCCUCCGAGCCACCAAUGGGUGGGCGGAGGGGCGGAGGGUGGGGGGAGGCAGGUGGAGUGACGUGUACCGGGGGGAAUGGAUGGAGGAGGAGGAAGCAGGGGAUGAGGAGAAGCAUGGGGGGGAGGAUGCGGAGGUAAGAGGAGCGAAGAAGCGGCAAGGGGGAGAAGUGUCGAAGGGGAGGGGGGAGGGGAGCGACAAGGGGGAAGGGUCACAAGGCAAGCAACUAUCAGGGGCGAAGGUGUGGAAAGGGGGGAGGCGGGGGGAAAAGUGGGCAGUGAAGCGCAUGAGGGGAGGGAUGCAUGGGACAGAGAGCGCGGAGCUUGAGGCUCAUGUGGCAGGCUUGGCUUCCCUUGUGCACCCCAACGUGCUUGGGCUUGUGGCCUGGUGCUGCUUCCCUGUAGCGGGGGAGAAGGGGAGGGGGGGCAGAACUAGGGAGCGUUGGGAGAAGCAGGGGGAAGGGGAGAAGGAAGGGAGGCAGCGGGAGGGGGGGAAUGAGGUGGUGCUGGUUUACAAGUGGAUGGAGCGCGGCAGCCUGCAGGCAGCUCUGCAGCCAGGCGCCACGCCCUUAUCGCUGCAGCAGCGGGUGGGCAUAGCAGUGGGCGUGCUGAGGGCGCUCAAGGCAGUGCAGAGCCACGGGCAAGUGCAUGGCGACCUCAAACCCUCCAACGUGCUGCUUGGGCCCUCCUUUGAGCCACGUGUGGGUGACUGGAGUGUGGUGCGCAUGGGGCGGCGAGUGCAUGUGAGCAUGGGGCGGCGAGUGCAUGUGCGCAUGGGGCGGCGAGUGCAUGUGAGCAUGGGGCGGCGAGUGCAUGUGAGCAUGGGGCGGCGAGUGCAUGUGAGCAUGGGCGAUGGCUUGGAAGGGCACCGGGAAGGCUUCUUCGCAAGCGGGAGGGGGGGAUGA